CAUGGGGAGUAAGUAGGGAGUAGAUCACAAACUGGUACAACUAAAUACCAGCACCAUGAAAUCUGAUGGUUCCAGCCAGGCAUUAAUGUAUGAAGAGCUCGCAGUGACAACUGGUUGGAGUGACAUGUUACUAUGACUAACAUUGCAGUUUUUUAAGCUCAAUCUGACAUUAGAUUUACUAACGUUUAAAUACAAACAGAAUGCAAUGAAAGCAAAUCUCCAUCCAAUAUAGAUUUUCAGCCUUUCCACUUUUGCACAGAGAUUUUUCCAGAUUCUCUUCUAUUUAAUAACAUUGUGCACUGCAGAUGAUGAGAUAUUCAAAAUCGUUACAUUUUGACUUUGAGGAAUUUAAAAUCGGGAGCCUGAUCUUGGUAUUUUUCUUUAAAAAGUAAUGGUUUCAGUUUAAACAAUUGAUAUGGUUUAUGAGAUUUGCAAAAAUAAUUUGCAAGUCGCUACACUUCUUAGAUUAAUUUUACAUCUUGCACGUUAUUUACAUCUUAAUUCUCUCACAGUAGGAGAUGUAAAAUAAAACUAACAACUAGUUACUCUGAAACUGGGCUACAUAUGAAAUGUUAUAUAUGUAACAUAUCUCGCCCUUAAUCCGUGUCUUUCAUUUUUCAUUGGUGCCCUUUUAGCUCAUCAAAUUCUUUAACUGUUACCCCCAGGUGAAAAUUUUCUCUGUUGCCUUCACCCCCGGUAGCUCCGGUUGGCAGACUGUUGUGGUGCCUGACAGUCUGUGCCCUCUGUCACAGGCUUACGGGACAAAUAUAGAUCUGUGGCAGUUGUUCCUCUCUAAUAGCGUACAUACCAGUGUAGGCACAGUGGGGGUAUUUCUGUCAUGCUUGUAAGGGAAAUACAGUUUGCAAGGCAUUAAUAAUCUACAUAUGGAGUUUCAAGAAUAGAUUUAGCAUUUCAUCUGUUCAAAUUAUUUAAAUGAUGUUCAUGUUUCUUAAUGUGGUUUGUUGUGUCAAAAUGUAGAGCUAUUUAUAGUUCCACAGUCUCAAAUGGAAAGAAGCAAGAGUGAGCUGUUAUUUUUUCAAAAUGGAUUACUUACAGGAAGUACGUAUACAUAAAGGUUAACAGGUUCAACCCACUAGUGCUGUUAAAACAAUGAAGUUAAUUAAUAUUGUAAUGCUUUAUUUUUUAUCGCUAUAGAAAAUGUUAGUGGUUGAAGUUGAAGCCCCUUAAGUAAAACAAAUCCGCAUUAGAUGGAUCACAGAAAUGCACAUUAUAAUGAAUGCAACUUACUAAGUGCAUAUUGUGUGCUUAAAUGGUCUUUUCAUUUGAUAUGAGGUAUACUAAUACACUAAUGGUGGCCUGUUAAGCUUGGCUUACAGACAUAGCUGGAUAGUUACAGGAAUCCCUUUUCAGAUUCACAAAUGCAUUUGCACAUGUUUAUGAAGUGAUUUCUCUGAUGAUUAUAAAACUCUGAUUUGGUACAGUUGCAGGUCUUAUAUAAGAAUAUUACGCAGGUAAAACCAGAAAAAGCCUCAGGACUCCAAUGGGAGCUGGGAAAAGCCUGAUGUAUUGCCUCAGGUGAUAAAUGUAAAAAUGUCACUUUGCACAGGGAGCUAAAAAGUACUAGUUUAAGAAAGGGGGAAAAACUUGAAGAUUUUGACAUUUAAAAAAAAAAAUGCUUAGCAGACCUCUGUGAACUACUCCUCAUUUGUGACUAAGGUUGCAUUAGCUGCUCCAAGUGUAACACCCUCUUACCCUCAAAUAUGUUAAUACACUCUCUGCAGCCAAGAUGCAGUGCAACGGGUAGACGAAUGAUUAGAAUAAUAAAACCUUUUAUGGCGCUUUUAUAUGAGAUAAACUGCUACGUUGGUAGAGUACUUUUUUUAAUUAUGUCAUUAACCUCUUUAGGUUUAACAUUAAUAGAUGAGCACUAAUUAAUUAAACUCUUGUAUGCUGAAAAUUUCAUUAUCUUUGCCGUCUUUUUUCUUGCUGGAUAUCUGUGUCUAAAUGUUUUGUUCUUUCCUUUUUACUGGAGUGAGACAGUAGGAAACCUGCUUGGACAUACAGAGAACUGAGCAGAAGUUCGGCAGACCUUAACCUCUGUGGCAAUCAACCAACUCAUCUGAGGCGUUGAUGGAGUGGAAUGGGCCAUCUGUGUGAACUCCAUUUGUGUCCCUGAGGCCAAUGUGGCCACAGCAAGGUCAGGCUAGUUUGCGCCAGACCCAAUGAAUGGACCACAAUGGAUUUUCUCUGGCUGAAAUACUAGGCUUCUCUGCCCAUUGAUCGACUCUCUUGAAGUUUAGUUUUCUGUUUUACUCAAGAAUUUGCCUUUGAGAAAGCAGCUAACCCACCGAGUAUAAAUGAAAAGAGUGUGAAGAGGUGUGGGAAUAUUGUGUUGGCAGUUUGUUUGUCAAAAUCCAAAAGGCGCUCUAGUUUUGAAUAGUUAGAAUGAGAAGUAAGCAUUUGAAUCAGAGCGGGGUAAAAGUCUGGAUUGUAUGGGUCAUUGAUGUAAAUAGUCCGUACAUGUUUUCAUGGACAUACUAUACUUAAAUGUACACAGGCAUUCAAUCAAAUCAGUCAAUCAAUGAAUUUGUUGAUUAUUCAGCCUCUUUCACUCGCACACUCUAUCUGAGGCCCAGCAAUUGGCUAUAAUCAACUCAAAGAAAAAGAAAUGUGUAGCUCAUGCUAACAGUACAUUCACUGCAGCAGCUCCAAACCGUCUCUAAGGGCAGAGACAAAAGAGCAGCUUAAAAGAUUGAAGAUCCUGAAGAGUGAAAGUGCAACCAACAGUGUCUUUGCAUUUAUUUAUUUAUUUUUUGGAAACACUGUUCCUUAAAAUCACACCAAAUACUGCACUUAUUAAAAUCAAGAUUGUGCAACAGCUUGUUGAAUUUCCCACCAACUUAAGCUAAAAUGUUGCACACACCAGCAUGACUUUACAGUCAGUAUGCUUUGUAACUGAAACAAUGUUAACACUAAUUGUGAAUCUGAAUAGCGUUCACUACCCUCUGCCCACAACUUCAUUGCUAUCAUCUACCACUGUUACAUGACAUUUGGGCAAGUGUGUAACUUUGUAAGUGAACUAGUGCUAAAGCCAGUUUAGACCUGGAUAAACAGAUUAGCUAAUAAAAAUUUUUUUAAAAAGUAAUAAAAUGCACCGUCGGGAUAGUGGUUAAAUUGCAUGGUGCAGUAUCUACUACUGAAUGUAUACCUCUAUAUAUAAGAUGUUCAAACCAUGUCAUCCUGUCACCCUAUACUCUUUAGUUUUCCUCAAAGGAAAUCAGUGAAGACCAGUGGCUAUGUUCAUCCUUGAUUGUAAAAUAUAAAUGCUUCUUAUACUGUAUAUUGCUAAAAUGUAUCCUUUUGAAAGCUUCCCUCUGUUUUUUGAAGUGGGUCAGUGCAGAUAUCUGAUACUGGAGGAGGGCCUGAUCAAGAGACAAGCCAAGAAAAAGUUCUACUUGUAAGGAACAGCUUCCCUUUCAUCCCAGAGUGCCUCCCUGGUCUUUUUAUCUCUUUCUCUCUCUUCUCCUUUCUCUUGUACUCUUGUGUCAUACCCAUCUUUAACUAUGCACAAAUGAUUUUUAGAAUUGCUGAGGUUCGCUGAGCAGAUUUUAGCUUCACUUAUUUACCCCAGUGGAGGCAAGCUUUGAGCUUUCACGUUGUUGUUUUCUUUCUGUUCAUCAUUUCUCUUUCAUUUAUUUCAGGCUACUUUGUCUUUUAAUGAAGUGAUUCUCAAAGUGCAAACCACAGGGAAACUUGAGCUGUAAGGUUUGUCUUUAGUUAUAUAACGGGAAAGAGAUGAUGAGACUCAUGACUUGAGAAAUUUGAGAUGAAUGAAAAGAGGAAGAGAAUGUUCUCAUAUUGUGAUACAGCAAAAAGAGAACUAUGCCGUUUUGAGUCCACAUGCAAGUGUGUGUGCACGAAAAAGAGAAGACGGUUUCACAGAGUACAAAGGGAGGGGAGCAACAUUGUUCCUCCCUUCGUCCUACUUCCUUUACCAUAGCUCUAUUUGCCAUGGGUGUGGGGGUGUGGAGGGUUGGGUGUGGGGGGGUGAAAAGGGGAAGGAAGGGCAAUAAUAUCCUCACAUUACAGCACAUGCUGCUUUUACCUCACACACAGAUAUGGGUUUUGAUGGACAGCUAUAAGUUGUUUUUUUUUCCCCACAAAUCCACUGCCUGAGCGACAGUGAAUGUAAAGUGUCAUUGUCAGGCUUGCCUUUCUCCUUGGGGCUGACAGUGACAUCAACACCCUCGCUCUUGUCAGCUUGACUGCAUCUGUACUUGUGGAAUAAUGACGGAGCUCAGGAUGGCUGAGAACGUCUUAUUGGAUAGACUGCUCAGUAGUCCCCCCAAUAAGCCUUUUUUCAAGAGACGAUGCUUAAGUGAUACCUCGGACCUGUUUGCCAUGAUCGAGAGGUUGCAGGGUUACAGAAUGGAUGAGCAAAGAUGUCCCCUCCCUCCUCCCCUCAAAACAGAAGAAGACUACAUCCCUUAUCCCAGCGUUCAUGAGGUUCUGGGUCGCAGCAGUCCUUUUCCACUCAUACUCCUGCCCCAGUUUGGAGGCUACUGGAUUGAGGGGACCAAUCAUGAACCUAAAGACCCACCAGAGGCAGAUCAACCUCCCUGUCCUACCUCCCACAUUAAACUGGAAACAAACAGUACUGCAAAGAUCUACAGGAAGCAAUUCAUGGGCAAGGAACACUUUAAUUACUACACCAUGGAUGCUGCCCUGGGCCACUUGGUCUUUUCAAUGAAGUAUGAUGUCAUUGGGGAUCAAGAGCAUCUGCGCUUGAUGCUUCGCACAAAACAAAAAACCUAUCAUGAUGUGAUUCCCAUUUCCUGCCUUACUGAGUUCCCCAACGUGGUUCAGAUGGCCAAGCUUGUUUGUGAAGAAGUAAACGUGGAUAGGUUUUACCCUGUCCUCUAUCCGAAGGCAUCAAGGCUCGUUGUCACCUUUGAUGAGCAUGUAAUUAGCAACAAUUUCAAGUUUGGGGUUAUUUAUCAAAAGUUUGGUCAGACAUCAGAGGAGGAGCUAUUUGGGAACAUGGAAGAAAGUCCAGCCUUUGUUGAGUUCUUGGAGUUUCUGGGCCAUAAGAUUGAACUUCAUGACUUUAAAGGUUUUCGGGGUGGACUCGAUGUCACUCAUGGCCAGACAGGGACAGAAUCCGUCUACACAAAUUUCCAUAAUAAGGAGAUCAUGUUUCAUGUGUCCACCAAACUGCCUUACACAGAAGGAGACUCACAGCAGCUGCAGAGAAAGAGACACAUAGGCAACGACAUUGUGGCCAUCGUGUUCCAGGAGGAAAACACGCCCUUUGUACCAGACAUGAUCCAGUCCAACUUCCUGCAUGCAUAUGUGGUGGUGCAGGUGGAAAAUGCAUGUACAGACAAUGUCACCUACAAGGUUUCUGUGACAGCAAGAGAUGAUGUACCCUUCUUUGGGCCUGCUUUGCCUGACCCUGCCAUCUUCAAAAAGGGCCCCGAGUUUUAUGAGUUCCUCUUCACUAAACUCAUUAAUGCAGAAUACGCCUGCUACAAGGCUGAGAAGUUUGCCAAGUUAGAGGAGCGAACUCGUUCGGCACUUUUGGAAACACUGUAUGAGGAGCUGCACAUAAACAGUCAGUCCAUGAUGGGUCUGGGUGGCGACGAAGAUAAGCUGGAGAAUGGGGGUGGAGGAGGUGGAGGAGGAGGAGGCUUCUUUGAAUCAUUCAAGCGGGUCAUCCGCAGCAGAAGCCAAUCUAUGGACGCCAUGGGCCUCAGUAACAAGAAGUCACACACAGUCUCCACUAGUCACAGUGGCAGCUUUACCCACAAUCCCGCAGAGAGUCCCAAAACCCCAGGGAUUUCAUUGCUUGUCCCAGGGAAAAGUCCCAGUAAAUAUGGACGUCGAGGCAGUGCCAUAGGGAUAGGAACAAUAGAAGAGUCAUUGAUCAUUCCUGGGAAAAGCCCAACCAGGAAAAAGUCUGGACCGUUCAGCUCCCGUCGCAGUAGUGCUAUUGGCAUCGAGAACAUCCAGGAGGUCCAAGAGAGGAGCCGAGAAGUAUCACCCAACACCCAGAGGACACCAGAGAGUAGCCACAUGUCACAGGAAAACAAAUCAGACAACUCCUCCAAUCACAGUUCUCCAGAGUUUCCUACCACAAAGAACAGUUUGGCAAUGUGUUGCAGGGCACCGUCUAUCCCUGAGGCGCAGGACCUUUCCCGCUCCUCCUCCAAUGCCAGCAGCUUUGCCAGCGUCGUGGAGGAGCAUGAAGCAGAAGAGGAGUACGACACUGGACUGGAAAGUGUGUCGUGUGUUACACCAGUCAAAAAAGAUUCAUUUGUGUACAGCUCUGGGGUGGAGGACAGUACCAGCCAAGGAAAUCUCCCAGCAGCUUCACGUCUCCAGCAACAACCGGACGCAGCGAGGACAUUAGAACCAAAAGGGACAGACAGCCGGUCAAAGAUGGAGCGCACUCAACAGGAGCACAAAUUCUCAUCGAACUGUUAGCCACUCUGUCGCCCCAUCAUUGACAUCCAUUUUUCAGCAUUCCAAUAAGGGGCAUCUUUGUCCAAAAGAAGCAAGCCAAGGCCAUGUCAACUCCAUCAAUGCAGAAAAGGAGCAGUCAGAAGCCAGAUCAAGCAACUGACAGAUCAUACUUUUUAUGUUUGACUUGGAUCUGCUGCGUGACAUGACAGACACCCAGACACCUACCUACCACCAUCUCCAUGCGAAAACCUCCGUUUUGUUCAGUACAAAGGAAAAGGACCUCCGCACUCAUGCAGCAUCUCUCAGCUGGCAAUGCACAGUACAUGUGCUCGCCUUCUCAUUCUUCAGGCCAGUAAGCUCCGAAACCUAAUUCUUACUGUAAAAACUCAAAGAUCGGGAUUCAAAUGGAGAUUUAAUCUUGUCACUGAAAGAGUGGUUAAAGAAAUCCACACAGAUCAAACAGCCGGUGUUUGUUCAGCCUGUAAAGAGUUGAACUACAGAAGAAAGCUUUGUUUUUUAAUGUCAAACUCACAUCCCACUGUGAUAUUGGUUUGACUUUGAUGUAUCAGGUGUAUGUGGCUGUAUCUAAGGCCGCAUUUUGUGUUUAAAUGUUGAUGUAUUCUUUUCCGAGUAUUCUUCAGUAGAUAUUUGUUGUGUUUUACAACUUCAGCAAGAGUAUGUCAAGUUUUAAUCAAGGGUACUUUCAUGAUGCUGUUGCUGGUGGAUGUAAAAACUAUUAUUCACCUUUCUCAUUUUUAAUUGAUGGGUUACAUAUAAAAGACAAAAACUGUGCCACAGUGAAAAAGAGACCUAUUGUAAGAGAAACGUUGACCCUAUUGGUUUAGUUUAAGACAAAAGCAGAGCUACUGUAGUGCCCAAACCAGCGACACGCAUCAUCAAAUUUGCAAACUUAAAAGCAGUUCUUUAAACUUUUCAAAGAUCUUUUCCACACCCCAUUUGUUGAUGUCUGUGUACAGGUGUGUAUACAGCAGUAAUGUGUACGGUGUAAAUCUGCUUGUCAAAAUCCUCUCCUCUGUAAACUGGUGCCAUGCUUGACAUAAAGGUGUUGUCCUUGUGAUUUGUGUUUUACCGAAAAACCAGCCGACAUCUCCAGAUGCAGUGCACACUGCUAAUAGAGAGCCAAAUGUCAAAGUUUCCUACUUUAUAUGUAAAGUGUAAUAUAUGUAUGUGACUUAAACACUACAUUUUCAGAGAUACUCCUGAACGUUGACCUUUUUGAAAAACCCGAUUUGUUGCUGAAAGUAAAUUACACUGUGACUCGUCUUGAAGUUGCCUUUAUGAUUGUCAUGUGAGCUGCUUUAAAGAAGGGUUAUUUUUAAAGGCACUGUGCUGCUGCCUGAUGGCUUGAAUGUAAAAUGAGGCAGAGAUGGAUUCAUUUGUAGAUAUUUGCUCACAAUAGUUAUACUGUGUUGUUUCCUGACGACAGUAAACUUGAGCCUGAAGCAGAGAAGCUUACAUGAGCAGAGAAGCUUUUUUUUAAGUUGUGAAGGAAAAAGCUCAUAUAGGGAUGAUUUAUUUCAGUGACAUGACUGAAGCAGACCUUUGUCUGUUGUGAAUUAACGACGGCAUUUAUAGUUAGAGACAAAAAGUUGAAAACACUGGACCAAAUGUACUGUUUAAUGUACUCACUGAGUUGUUUAUAGCAUAAAUCACUCUCAAUACAACACAUGCACAGAAAAACAUAGACAAAUGUAACAGUAACACAUGUCAGUUACAGCCUUUCAGAAUCAUUUAAGGGAGAUGUAUUCAAAUCAUUUUUCCUCCUGAAUCCUUGAGUAGAUAAAGCCUGCCCUCGUGUGGCUCUGAGUUAUUAUAGCACAUCACUAUGUGGUACCAUCAUCUAUCUGUGCUUGCACUGUAUGCUAACCACAACACUGGAAACCAGUCUUCUCUGUGCUUGAUUCAAAUGAUUGUAUUGAUUCUUGUCAGUUUGCUUAAGCACUUGUUUAAAAGAAACGUUUGUACAUAUAGCUUUUUUUGUAAAAUAAGCUAACUAAAAAGUUUAAUAAAGUUGAAAAUGCAUAAAGUGAAUAAAGUUUCAUUUCUGCAAUAAAAAAAAAAAA